UCAGUCAAACUUUCACACUCCGCGAUAUUCGAAGUAUGCUCGUGCGCCCAUUCGCCAACGUCGCGCUGCAACGCGGUUCUCCUACAUUCGAGAAAUGUUAGCCGGCAGUAUGAGCCAAUAAUCAAUUGCGAAAUGAAUAUGUCGUUGACUACUUAUAAAUUACGUACCUCUCAUAAAAGUUAAUAUAGCCAAUAAAAGUUGAUUGACCGAUAAAAAUAAAAGAUCAAGAGGAAAUUGAAAGCAAAAUUGAAGUGAAAAAAAAUUAAUUACUGCAUAAAACAGAUUUUUUAAUAAUUUCGCAAACACAUAAUUAACAUGUCUGCGAAAUUGUAAAUAUGCUGUAAAAAAUUGUUGGUAAAAAUGUUAAUACCAAAGUAAAUGUAAUCACGGUCAAAAGUAAUUUUUCUUGAAGGGAACUGAAUUGCUGUUUACUGGAGCGAUUGGUUGUACGUAGUGAAUUGCGCUGCAAUGUUGUCGGUGAAAGUUCACUUUGAUGAUAAAGGUAAAAUCACAUGCCUUAUCCAAAAUAGAAGGUGCCAGAAAAUCGUAAGAUUUUAUAAUACUACAGAAAUCGGUGCGCGUGAACGAUGAUAAAGAGAUACUGUGCGUAACAUAAAGUUGUGGGAGGAAAAAAACAAGAGAAAGUUUGAAGAAGAACAUAUUAAAGAUACAUUAAGACACUUCAAACUAAAAUCAACAAAUCAAUUCUAAAUUAAAAAUACAUAUUUCAAAGAACAAUAAUAUUGAACGUUACUUUUGGACAUUCAAAUUUACCAUAAAUGCGCAUGCGCGUUAUUUGAAUAACAACAAGGAGGAAUUCUAUUGUGUUCUUAAAUAAUAACUGUUUUUCUUGCCUGGUCGAAGUAAGAAAUCAAGAGUGCAACGUCAUAAUUCGGUUCGUGAAGGUUCCUCGAAGAAGAUGGCAUGAUUUAGACACGGCAGACAUUUAAAAAGGAAGACGAUUUUUUUAUCAUAAUAUUAUAAUUAAUUUUGUUUUAAUUAUAUACAUGAUUAAAAUGACAGUGAUACUUAGUAUAUUAUUUGUAAUAUUGCACGGGAUGCAAUACACAUGGGGAUACAAUGUAUUACUUGCUACUAUGGGUGGUACAAAAUCGCACACGGUACCAUUCGUAGCUUUGGGAACAGCCUUAAGAGAUAGGGGACAUAAUGUUACCCUGCUAAGCGCAUUUCCGGGACCUGCAGCUAAUAACGAUCUUUUAGAAUUCGUUCCACCCAUUCUAGAGGCUUAUGUGGGCAAUUACACGUCAGAAUGGGAUCUGGUUGGAUCUAGAUUUAGGAAUGAGCUACCAUUAUCGCCAUGGAAUGCGAUGAGGUACGGUUGGGAAGCUUGCGAAGCUCUUCUCCAGGACAAUAUGUCUAUAAGUAAUCUAAAAACCCCUCAAGGUGAUUCCGAAGCUCAUUGGGACGUGGCAGUUCUUGACGGAGCGUAUCCGGAAUGUCUUCUAGGAAUUUUACACGGAGAGAGCGUCCCUACUAUUAUGUUAAACACCGUCGCUUUGUACAGUGGUUCCAUAUCGCGUCAGGGUAAUCCAUCGCUCUGGUCCAUAACCCCUUAUUUUGGUAAAGGUUUAACGCAGGAUAUGAACUUCUUUCAAAGAAUUCUUAACGCUGCCUGUUUGGCAACACUGGAAAUGAUGCACUGGAUCAUGACCACCGGAUAUAUACAGCCAACCCUACAUAAAUACUUGGGUGACCAAGUUCCGGAUGUGAGGGAUUUAAUAUCUGAAGUACCAUUGACUCUGCAAAAUAGCCAUUACGCAGUGGCCGAUUCUGUUCCGUAUUUGUCCAACGUAGUGAACGUAGCAUGUCUUCAUUGUAGACCGGCGAUGCAACUUAGUCUCGAUUUAGAGACUUUUCUGAGGCGAGGAUUCAUUUUUGUCUCGAUGGGCUCCUCGGUACGCGCAUCGGGAAUGCCAGACGCCCUUAGAGAGAUCUUCUUAGCGGCAUUCGCAACCUUACCGUAUAACGUUGUUUGGAAGUGGGAAGGCGGAAAGAUAGAUAAUCUUCCUGGUAAUGUGAGGACAGCCGCCUGGUGGCCGCAGCAGGAAUUACUUGGCCAUCCUCAACUCCGAGCGUUUGUAUCCCAUGGAGGUUUAUUAUCCUUACACGAAGCUGCGUACCAUGGUGCACCAGCUCUGGUGUUACCCGUGUUCUGUGAUCAUGACGGAAAUGCAGCACAGGCUGAAAAACAAGGUUAUGCCUUAGUUAUGGAUUUGGCUAGUAUCUCGGUAACUGAACUUCGAGCUGGUAUAAUGAAGGUGGCAGCUGGAAAUAAUAAUAGUUAUAGAGAAGCAGCUAAGAGAAAGAGUUCAUUACUCAAGGAUCUUCCUCUGGAACCCAGAGAAUUAGCUACCUGGUGGGUGGAACAUGUUGCUAAAUACGGUGGUGCAGAUCAUCUUAAGAGUACAUCCAGGCAUAUGGGAACCAUCCAGUAUUACUCCCUUGAUGUAGCUGCAUUUUAUCUGAUCACUUUACUUGGUUUAAUCUAUACAUCUAGAAAACUAACGCGAAGACCCAUUACAGUCAGGCACGCGGUUACCAAAAGGAAAAUGAACUGAUGCAAUUAUUUUUUUUAUUUAUUUUUAUUUUCACUUUUUAUCUAUACACUCUUCAUGUCCGGCAAUACCACCUAAUGCGCCAAGCGCUUGUACCUAAGUAUCUUAAGAGAAUAAAACUAGGUGUUCACAGUCACAAAAAAUUAAGUCUUAAGCAUUCAGUCUAUUUAUGGCAUUUAUUAACAUCUUUUGCAACCACUUUAUAAAAUUCAAUUUCACCCUGGUGAAAGUAAGACUUCGCCACGGCCACUCAAACCGAUUAAUACGGUCGGAACGAGUCAGAAUACUUUGGAUAUUCGUAUCAGGGCAUUGCACUCCUUCAACUGGAUGCAACGACUACCUUGCACUUUCAAUACUGAUCCGGAGAUUCAAGAAAUUCAUAUUCUUAGUUUUGCAUCUUAUCGAUAAACACCACCGAUAUAUAUACAUAUAUGCAUCAUCGUAAAAUUUUCGUCACGCUGCAGCUUUCCUGAAUUGGAGGCCUCAUAUCGCAAUCAUCGUUGCGGCAUAAUUGCAUUGUAAUUGCAGCACCGACGCUCAACGAAUGCUAUGCUAUUCCUUUCGUGAAAGUUUGGAUCGCAAGGCACGACACAACAUUUUACGUGUCAUGCUCCCUUAGGGCAAAUCAGAAGAUUUGCUACAGGAAAGUGAAGCGACUAAAUUAAGAAACGUAGGCAAUCUCACAAUUAAGAUAUUCAGGGAUAAUUAUAUUCAAUAUAGAAUUUAUUUUAGCUAACCAGUGUCGAAAUAUUCAAGCUAGCGAGAGUUCAGCUGUAACAGUUUUGAUUCAGCAACAAAUCAACAGAUGAGCAUUGGGCCAAUGCCUGUUCCAGACAUCAGAAUGCCGAGGACAACAGUGGGGAUAACAGCAUCCUCGCUACUAAUUCUAAAAUUUUUACAUGGGCAUUCAAGUUAUUGCAAUAUGUACUUUACCGACAGCCAGUAUGCAAAGUAUUAAAUUGCUGAUACUUUAAUUAAAAUUUCCCGUUGAACCGCAUUCUUAGCUAAUAUUCGAUUACCAAGAUUACGUCAAGUUUCUAUAGAGAUAACUAGAGAUACAUAUAUGUCCUAGUACAUGUUCUCAUAAUUCUUCAAGGACUCCAAUAUCAAUGCUUAUUUAAUGGUACUAUUUUAGUUCCAACAAAUUUUAUUAAUAAAUGAUACUGAUAGCGGCUGAGUUAACAAACAUUUGUCAAAGACUUCAUAGUCCUAACGAAAAUUUGAAUCGUACCAAACGUAUGCAUAACUCCUGUAUAGUAAGUUCUGUAACGGCCAACCAGGAGGCGCCGGUGUAUAAAAGGAAGUAGGAAUACAGGCACUUCAAUUCAAAUUAUUUCGGCUUCAGAAAAUCUUACAACGCCCAGUGCACCUUGCCCGCCUCUUUAAUAUUCAAACAUGAUGUUGACAGGUUCAUGAAGAAUAAUAAAGGUAAGUAAUAUAAAAUGUAUAAAAUAGUCUGUAGCUAAUAAUGAUCUAAAUCAGUAGGUGAAGUGCGCUUGACGGUGUUAGGAAGAUGUUACAAAUGUGACAUUAUUCACCUUAGAAUUAUAAAUCUGGUGAAAUAUUUUAUCUAAUUUUAUCUUAUUUUCGUAUCACUUUACCGUCUGCUGCUCCGUUUAAGAUAUAAAGGAGUAUCAAAAGUGGGAAUGACAAUUGUCCAAGAAUGCAUUCACUACAGUAAAAAGUUCAUGAGGUACAAACGGGCUUGUUGUUUUUAUAAAAUUUUUCUCCAUUAUAUUAAUAAUGGUUGACGUUGAUUUUAGAAACACACUUUUCCGAAGAGCAUGAUAAUCUUGACAAUUUUUAGAUUAUGGACAAACUUCAGCCAUUAGAUAUACAAAUUGUUAGUUAACUCAUGAAAUAUGAUUGAUUCACAGUUGUUACUUUUAACGCUGGCUUAUUUUCUCAGUCUAAAUGAUUGUGAGGUUUUGUAAGUACAUGUACGUAUGUAAACACACAUUGUAUAUAGGGCAACCAUAAAAUGACGAGUAGAUAGAAUCUAAUAAGCACGACAUACGUAUAAGAAGGUGUUGAUAGAGAAAUUCGCUGUGUCGAAUAACAAGCAAUAAUAGGACCAUCUGUCGGAAUUGCAUAAUCGUACAUUUCCAAUGGUGCGACUUGUAUCGAUUUCUAGAAUAUUUUUAGUAUAUACUUAAAAUAAAAGUCUCUAGGAUAAAUAUCCCUUUUUUAACAUAUAUCUGUUUCUACUGAGUAUUAACGUGUUUUUCAAAAAAACAU